AUGAACAAUACAGAACUUUGCUAUGUGGAAAAUGCAGACCAUAACAUUAUUUUUGUGCCGGAGAACAACACUAUCGAUGCCACAGUUGCAACAAUUAAAGCUGACGAGGGGGUGACAGUCCGUAUCACUAGUCAGCAACCAGAGAAUCUCUUCAGUCUUAACGACCGCAGUAUCACUGCCAAUGUUGUGCUGGACUUUGAGACCUUAUUAACACUGAACAUAGCUGUUGAGAACAUAAAUGAUAAUCCUCCAGUGUUUGCAGAGAGCCAGUUCACAAUUGACGUCAAUGAGUUAACAAUAGAGGGUACCACUGUGGCGAAAAUCACUGCAAAAGAUGCUGAUGGUGAUCACCUCUACUAUAAUCUGAUUUCACCCGAGGGAGAAUUUGAUCUGUUGAGCACUAUUAAUCCUGACAUACUGGUGAAAAAACGGCUUGAUUAUGACAUCAUUAAAAAAGUCACAAUGAUGCUGUAUGCACAGGACACCCAGGACUCUGUGGGAGUCUCCCACACUGCCUCGGCCACUAUCAUAGUCAAUAUCAUAGACAUUGACAAUCGUCCACCAUGGUUCCUGCCAUGUACAGAAAUGGAGGUCAGCACCAGCAAAUUGUGCCUGAACACUGGCUACGAAGGGACAGUCAGCUUAAACGAACAAGCGGUGGGUCCUUUGCCCUUGAAGCCAGGUCCAGUCAAUGCUAUUGAUGGUGACAAUGGUAGAAACGAGCCAAUUGGCUACAGAUUUCUUGGAGGAAAUGAAGAUGAUACAUUUGAUAUCAACCCUAACAGUGGGAGCAUCACAAUGCUAAAACCAGUUGGCUUAGCUGGCCCGUUCGUUCUUAAAGUUUUGGCAUUUCAAGAGCAGACAGUUGAUCAGUUUGCCACCACCACAGUCAUCCUAAGGGUGGUGGUAACUAGUAAGCAUCCUCCUAAAUUUGUGAAGCCCAGUUAUGAAGGUUUUAUCUCAGAGGACGCAGGUGUGGACAGCUUGUUAAUGGAGAGCGAAACCUCCAACAAGCCCCUCCGUGUACAGGCAACAGAUGAAGACUUUUCUAAUGGGAUGAAUCCUAACAUCAGAAUUGAGAUUGUAGAUGGCACUGACUUCUCGAUAACUCCAGAAGGCUUCAUACUCAUGGCAAAGGCAGUUGCCCCUGGCACUGUAAAUUUACAAAUGAGGGUGGUUGACAUGACCAACAAUGAAUCAAGCAUUGCUUCCCUUACCGUUGAGGUUACUCCAGGGAUUCCCACAACCACUAUGGUCACUACGUCUAUCAUAACCACAAAUAAGAUCACUGACACACCACAAACAGAAAGCACCUCCACCUCUAACCCAGACACCUCUACCUCUAACCCAGACACCUCCACCUCUAACCCAGACACCUCUACCUCUAACCCAGACACCUCUACCUCUAACUCUGUCACCUCCACAACUCCUGGCCCCACCACAGAUGGGCCGCAGGUGAGAGUGGGUGAGUAUAGAACAGAAGAUAUGGCAGCUCUAGGGGCCAGUUUGGCUGUGGUGAUAGUCCUGUGCUUGGUUUGUAUCGGACUGCUGGCACACCGCAUCAAGGGCCAUAACACAGACUGGAAGAAACUUUCCGAAGCUAGCGUCUUCCGUAGCACUUUGGGAGGGGGUUUGGGUGGUCCCAAGGAGGGUGUGCAGUACAUUAACGAGGACUUCCAGCAUGAUGAUGGUUCUUUAAGCGUGAUCUCUAGGCUGGCUGCUGACCUGGAGAUGAAACUAGAAUCUGGGCCACAAGAGCAGGUGACACCCAGCAGUACUUCGAUUCUCCAAACACCCGCCACCCGUAGCAUUCAGCCCGAUUCCACCAGCCUGGGGAGUUUAGAUACCCUAGACGGCGAGAAGGAGGUGAAACCGAUCCUUACCAAAGAGCGACAUGCAGAGGAGGGCUACAAAGCCGUCUGGUUUAAGAAAGAUAUUGACCCUAACACCAAAGAGGAAGUAGUCAUCAUUCCAAACACUGGUGACCUGGAGGGAGACCAUGAAGAAGAGGAUGACAGUGAGGAGGAACAGGAAGAUGAUGAUCAUCUACAGACAUGGAUGAAGGACUGGCAGGGAGAUAUUCUAGAGGCUUUAGAAGAUUAA